GAAUAUUUGACGGGAACGUAAGUAUUAAUCAUGACGGGCCAUGAUCAUGAUGAUGGACAGACAUGACCUGAUGACAGACUGCUUCUCGCCGCCUCCGCUCCGCCCGGGCUCGCACAGGCGCGGCGCGGGAGCGUGCUAGCUCAGCUCAGCCGCCUUCACGUCAGCCGGCCUCGGGAGCAAGCUCGAGUCUUUUUCUGUCAAGGCCCUGUCACAUCGGUGCCGUCACAUCAUUCCAUUUCCAUGCAAGCCUUGCGUGUGACUUGCGGUUUUUGAUAGGUAUUCCUGCUGAUAAGCAUGCUGAAGAAAGCUCAAGAAUGCCACUGGGUAAUCACCAUCCAAAAAAAUCUGCACCACCAUCCUCGGCCGGAUGCAUGCCUCACAAAGAGAGGAACAACUGCAACUUCAACAUAGUCCACAAUGCAUUGUUUCGUACAUCAGAGCAUGCCUUGCCCUCCGAUGGACAACCCCAGCGAGAAAAAAUGACUGACCAAAAUUCACAGAGGUAUGAUGGGACCAGUGCCAUCCCUGUCACAAGCUCUGAUUGCCAUGAUAACAGUGAUGACAGUGAUGAGGAGCUCCCUUCCAUCUUUGCAUCUCGCAGAUUACACGGAACAUCGAGAGAGGGCACUGUGGUAGCAUUAAACUUUCCCAAGGAAGCUAGUCUCUUACCAGGAAACAGGGAAGGGGAGAAGCAUGGUGUGUCCCAAGGAUUAGCACAUGGUAACUCCUGCGCCAACAGGACAAAGUCCUCAAGGGUUUGCCACAUUGACAUAUCCAGUAGCGACAGUGACAGUGAUGAAAAACAUCAGAAGAUAGGUCACCUAGGUAAGCAGACACACCAAGGCAGGAUGAAUGGAGCAAUGACUGUUCACGUAGACUCAGAGUCGUCAUCGGAUGAGGACGACGUCAUCCAACUGGGUCUGCUACAAAGACUAAAGGAGCAGAGGAAGAAGUUCAAGGCAGCCCAGAGCAGCAGUCAGGAAUCGUCUCAAACUUCAUCCAUAUCUUCCUCCAAAAAAACCUCUGCCGUGGAUAGGAAGAUUCGCGAAAAGGUGAAAGAUGCCAUCUUGGGACGUGGACAACCUCACCAAGCUGACCACGCUCUGAGUGAUAGCGACAUUGAGCCUGAAUCCAUAGAGAUGACUGAUCAAACAUCAUCUCAUUAUGAAACAUCGUCCAUGCCAUACACCACCGAGACAGAUAGUCUCGAUUCCCAAACCUUGACAUCGCAGGAGAGCAGUUCAUCUCUUUCGUCGGGUCAUCUAAAAACGAAGAGAACGCCAGAAGAAAUACAGGCUGCCAAGUUGAGAGCAUUGGAGAAGAAGAAAGAGAAGGAGAGACAGAGGCAAGAGAGAUUGAGACUUCAAGAAGCAAAGAAACAACAAAAACAAAGGGAGGCUGAUCAAAGGAAGACACUCAGAGAUGCCAAACGGGCAGAGAAACCAGGGGAAUGCUUGAAGUACAUGACAGUUGUUCUGGACAACCACGUGAUAGAGGAUCCUUGUGGGGCACAGAUCCUGGCUAAGCUUCAGACUCUGGGAUGUAAGUACGUCAUUGAGGCUCAAUCUACCCCAUCAUGCAUCAGGUGGAAGAGGACCGUCAUGGAAACUAAUCUUCUCGGAGAGGACAUUCAGCUUGAUUCUAUGACUCGUAUUAAGGAGGAACCUGAAGCCAUAGUUGUCCUUUGUCCAGCAGAAUUUGUGGAGAUGGUCUAUUCUUACAAAUGUGAGCAGAGAGGUGAAUAUACCGUCGGUCCAAGAACACUAUGUGAUCAUGUGAAAGACAUGCAGAGACAGCUCGGAGGUAUCAUGCCCACGUUGGUGGUACAGGGCAUGGAGAUAUAUUUUAGGUCCAAGAAGACUGUCCACCAAAGACAGUACAGGAGUGCAGUGCUUGGAGUAACGGGUGAAGAGAAUGGGAGAGGCAAGAAAAGGAAGAGGAAACCUGAAGACAUUGAUAUCGUAGUGUCCAGAGUAGAUGUUGAGGAGGCUUUGGUUGAUUUGCAGUUGAAGCUGACAUGCAAUAUGCGAUUUGUAGAGACCAGCGAUCAGAUAGCCGACCUGGUGGCCAUGUUCACCAAAGCUGUGGCUGAAACACCUUUUAAGAGGAAAAGAGACGAGGCUAAGUUUUCCUUCCACGUUCACGUUGACUGGGCCGGUGGGGUCAAGGUGGCCAAGGAUGGCAAGGGACUGCUCAAGGUCUGGAGGCAACAGUUUCAACAGUUCAGGAACGUCAGUCCAGAGAUAGCUGCGGCCAUCGUAGCUCGGUAUCCUUCUCCUCAACUUCUGUGGAAGGCAUAUAAGAAUUGUUCAACGGAAGAUGCUGCUAAAAAGCUUCUCCAAGAUAUUGUGGUGCGUCGUGGAGAGGGCGUCCUAGCAACCUCAAGACGAGUAGGACCUGAGCUGUCGAGACGCGUGUAUCACCUCUUUACUUCUACCAACGGUGAUUUAGUCUUAUGAUGAUGUCCAAAUAUAAAACCGAUUCAAGGAAAGUCACAUUUGCUUUGAUUCUACGCAACCUCUCAGCCGUGCAUUUCUUGUGCAGCACUGUGCAUUUUAGGUGCAUCAUUUUAACCAUAGGACGUAAAAACUGAGAUGCCAUCUGAAAUAUGCGUUCUUCCGAAGAAAGGCUAUGGCUAAGAUCUUGAUGGGCUUACUUUGGCAUGCAUACUAGAUACGCCUGUGAUGCCAUAAUAGAAAAUAGGGGUGAUCUCUUCAUUGGUACGAUACUUGAAUAUUUAGAGAGAAUCCCCCGGAGGGAUUCGAACAACAUUUGUACUUUAAAAUCAUACUGCCGACCCGUUUUCUAAAGCAAAAAAAAAAAAAAAAAUUUGACUGUGGUGUUCUGGACAAUGUAGGCAAUUCGGGUGUUUGCAUAUUGCAAAUACCCUCAAGUGCGCUGCAUGACCGUAACACACUUAUAAAUGUGCAUUAUGUGUUACUUUGAAACAUAAAUUUAUGAUGCAGGGUGUUAGUUUUGGUACAAGAUUCAUGAGACCCGGGUCUUGUAACACAAAGGUUAGCGAUUAAUCGUAUGCUUGAUUUUCACGAUCGAUUGUACACUGUAGUCAAUGCAAUCAAUCGUUAAAUGUGUCUACGAUCAUUGCUAACCUUUGUGUUACGGGCCCCAGAUCAAAGUCUAGGACUUGGGGUUAUUGAAAGCAUAUGAAAACCCAAAGUAAAUGAAAAUUCUGAGUUUGGUUAAAUUUGUACUGUUCUAAUUCUUAUCACACUUUUCGGAUAGUUUGCAUGAUAGACAGAUUUAAAGUAAAUAAGCCAUUUGCAAAUUGCCUACCAUUCGAUAUCUCCAUGGUUCGGGACUUGCGUUCCCCUUUAAAUUUAUAAACAUAUCUUCAAUUCUGACGCUAAAUGAAUCUUACUCCAUUUUUUGUAGGUAGUUCAUUGAAUCGAAAGCUGCCUUCUGUGAAUGUGACCCUUCUUUUCAGUAAAGAUAGUUUUGUAUCAAGAAAUUUGAGGCUUUUAAAUUUGGCCAAUUAGUAUUAUCUCAAAAUCGUUCAUGUACUCAUAUUUUUACCCCAAAGUAUCCAAACCUACAUGUAUCCAAUAAACCAGCAAAUGAAGGUUUGUGAAAAUUUAUUUAAGAUGUGAAACCUAAAUUUCCAUUUUGAACAUUUUAUCAUAACAUGUGUUUUUUUUUCCUAACAUGUAAAUCCAUUACAUAUGCCGAUCAUGUACAUAAAAUACAAGACCAAAAUGUCGGUUUUAAUAAACUGCCAUUGCCAAAGAAAAAUGUGUACAUAAGUUUUAAAGGUUUUAUCAAAAACAUGCUUGUGAGAUUGUAAUGGAUGUCUUUGUUACAUUACGCAAAAAAAGGAAUACCAGCAAACAAAAUAAUUUCAUCGUACUAUAAAAAUGACUUUCUGAAGAUUUCCUUUGUACUGCUUUUGCGGAGAAAAAGCCAUUGUUCCUAAUUAAUUUGAAAUCUGGUACUGUACGCAGUUCAUUAUGUGCAGAGAUGUUGAAAACAUUAAUAUGUUAUGGGCUCAAGUACCACCCGAGAUCAAGUCCUUAUGUUUCCUUCCUCAACCGAAUGUGUUACCAUGGCAACAGACAUUUCAUAGACGAUAUUAUAUCAAGAAAUGUCACUGUAUUCAUGUUUUCCAAGUUAUUAUGGGGGAAAUGUUUAUCAGAGAAAUGGCACAGACGCAACAACUUAGGUUUCCUGAAAUACCUUCAACCUUAAAAGAUAUUAGAUAGUUGUGAUAAAACAAAUGGUGGCACUAUACAAAUGCCCAUUGUUAUUAUUUGCUGUAUAAUAAUGCAUAUUACAUAUCUACUCGGACUUCUGGUAGAUGUAUAUUGGCCCAGGAACAAGUUAUAAACAAAGCCAUACAUUAUCAUUAUGGAACGAAUGCUGUGGAAGGAUUGGUUAGCCGGAUAAAACAUCAAACACCUGUGUUUCUUUUUUCCUGAUAUUCAGGAAGUGUUGGCUAAUCCCUGUUGAAUUUACACAAAAAGGAAAUGGUGUUCCGUCUUUAUAACAACCAUGGAGGAACACGAUCCCUUGACUUUUACCUUAAUUGAUAGGGUAUUUCCUUGUAAUUUAGCAGCUUGGACAAGUGUCAGUGUGUGAUAUGUUGAAUAAAAUAAAUAUAACUGAAGUGUGACAUCACUUAUACAUUUUUGCGUUUCAGAUUUUUUUAUAUACCUAGAUGUUUUCCGUGUAUUAGUGGUCCAGCUUCUAAAUGUUUUGAACCAGGCCAAUAAUACAUUGACUUCAGUGGGGCUAAUUAUGUAUUCAAGAGGUCAUAUCUUGGGCCCAAAUGAAGUGAUUCCCACCAAAUUUGGAUUGUGGAUGUAUUUCACCAUGUUCUACCGAAAUAUGGUAUCAAACAUGCUGAAAUGAAGAAAAAAAUGUGACAAUCACUAUGGAACUCCAUUGUGAAUGGAAAGAAGGACGACUAGUCUUCACUGAUGAAUUCAUUUUGUGUGUUAAUAAUUCAGAUUUAUUGUCAGAGUACUGAGUAGUAAUAAUUUUGAGAUUUUUUUUUCUAGUUUAUUCUUAUUUUGGACAAUUGCUAUAAACCUGUCAUGUGCCUUCCUAUUCAUAUUUUUCCACUUCAUCAUUUAAACCAUUUUUUAGAAAAAAUUGUAUGAAAGAAAAGUUAUACAGAAAUGAAAUGGCCCUCCAUUACCAGUAUUGACUAUUUUAUAUUUGUGAAAUAUUGAAGUAUUGGAAUUAUAAGCUGGGUAUCUUAGUUCAGAGUAAUUCUUUGAAUUUAGAAAAUUUGGAGAAAAUGUCUUAUAUUUGAGAUCAAAUGAUUUUUCAACUUUUUUAUUUAAUUUCAUUGUUAUUGCAAUUACGACCAGUAAUUCCUUUUUAGUAUUUUUUUCUUUGUUGCCAUUUAAAGAGGUCAUUAUGUUCCAGAAUUUAAACCUGCAAUUUUGACCUUUAUCAUUUGAAAUUUGAAUCAAAGUAUUGGAUGAACUUGUGCUAAAUGGAAAUGGGCAUUGUUUGCAUUACGUGAAGAAUCUAAAGUUUCUUGUUUUUUCAUUAAAUCAUCCAUGAUCUAUUAACUAAAAUUAAAAAUCAGCAAAUUUGCUUGUAUGAAAAAAAAACCCUGUCUUUUUGCAGGAUAUACAAUCAUCCAUCAAUUGAUGAGACAAUCAAUUGAUUUAAAGUUUGAACUUUUCAGAUAUUUCCCAAAAUAAAAUAGUGCUCUAGCUUUGAGAUCUCAAUUUCUCAAUCAUUUUAUUCUUUGUUUCACUGAUGACUUUGAAAGAUGUAUGAUUUUAAAGAUCAUCUUAGUUUAGAAACCAUAUGUUUCAAAUGUCAAUGAAAUGUAAGUCGUAAAAAAGACAACAAAUUGUGACCUUUAUUUGCAACACCAAAUAUGUUAAUUUAUUUAUAUGGUUUCAGCAAGAUUAAUUCCAUUAUUAAAAGAUGUCAAACUCAGGGCAUGAUGUAUUUAUGUUCUUAUUCUGAUGUAGUACAUGUAUCCUAUUGUGUUAUAAAUGUAUGCAGAUAUUUAUUCAUCAAAUAUACCUUGUUUUCUUUA